AUGUCUGACCUCGACGCCACCACACCACGCGUCUUCCUCGCCCGCCAUGGUGAAACGGAAUGGACCAUCUCAGGCCAGCACACGGGCACGACCGACCUCCCACUCACCCCCCUGGGCGAGCGCCAGGUCUCCUCCACGGGCCGCCUGCUAGUCGGGCCCGGAAAACUCAUCGAUCCCCGGCGCGUACAGCGCGUGUGGGUGUCGCCGCGGCGGCGGGCUCGACGCACGUUCCAGCUGCUCUUCGGGUCUCUCCCGGUACCACCAUCAGCCGAUAGUGAGGGCGGCGGGGAGGAGGUCGCGGGCGUCAAGGUUGAGGGGCUCUUUGGCGGUGGAAUCGGGUCUGUGGUGGUCUCGGAGCGGAUACGGGAGUGGGACUAUGGGGAGUAUGAGGGGAUGCGGCCGGAUGAGGUGCGGGAAUCGAGGCGAAGGAUGGGGAUGGAGAAGGAAGGGGACCCGCCGUGGAGUGUGUGGAGGGAUGGAUGCGUGGGCGGCGAAUCGAAGGCCGACAUCGAGGAGCGUCUUGAUAGGUUGAUCGGUGAGAUCAAGGAACUACAGAAGCCUUAUAUGGAGAGUGGGGGGAAUGGGGAUAUUGUACUGGUGGCGCACGGGCUGAUUCUACGGUGCUUCGUCAAACGAUGGUUGGAUUUGCCAGUCGACGACUCGCUCCCCAUGCUCUUAUCCCCUGGAUCAAUUGCGAUUUUGAGUUAUAAGAAACAUGAUAUUAAGCAGCCAGCCUUCUACAUGGGCAUGGCGCUCCCGGCGGGCGAAUGA